AGCGUAACAUGACUAACUUGUGUUUUUAUCAAGAAAAAAGAAAAAGCCCUCAGGGUAAUUUGUAGUUUUCCGCGGCCGGUGAUGACGACAUAUUUCCACGACUUGUAGUUCCUGUCGAGCGUUUCUUUUAAAGAGAAGCAAACGUCUCAACCCGGAGGAGUUGGCGCCACUGACACGUGAGUAGUCAGGCUAAGUUAGCAGCGUGGCUAAAUCACAUGCUGCCGAGUGUCGGUCAGACUAAGUGUAGUUCAGUGAGACAUCGACUGCUGCUAUGGCUGGCAGCAGGAUGAAGCUGGAGCUGUCCCGUGUGGUUCAGGGAAGGAGUCGGCUGGGCGUCCUGACCGGGCUCGGCAGGACGGGGCAGCACUCUCUGGAAGUGCCAGGGUGUCUGCUCUACACACACUUUGGCACAGUGCCCCACCUUACCCAGGACACACUGCACACCCUCAGCGACCUCCCCUCUGUCACUCAGGUUACCCUGUCUCACGUAGCAGAGCACCAGGAGGUGUUGGAGGAGUUUAAGGAUGGAUUCAGGAAGUUUGCAGGUCUUCAUGAUACCGUGUUGUACUGCGCGCUUCACGACCCCGCAGCCGCCUGCGCAACGGGUUAUACCACAAACAAGACGGUGUCUGUGUGGGGCAGCGGUGGGCGGAUAGAGCUGACGGUGGCCAAGUUCAUGGCUCUCCAGAAGACCGUACAGCCGGACUGGUACCAGAGCAUGGCGGAUGGAGAGACGUGGCAGAGCAACACCUCUCGCAAAAGGGUUCGAAAGUCGGUGGAUCGGACUCUCGCGCACCUGGACGAGUGUCUGCUGGAGCACCAAAAAUCACAGGAGUUGGAGGGAGUGGAGGUGUUCGGGGUGGUGGAGGGAGGAGACAUCCUGGAAGAGAGGAUACGCUCAGCUAAGGAGACAGCUAAGAGGCCUGUGGCAGGAUUCUGCCUGGACGGCCUCCAGACGGGCUGCAUGGAGCAGGCCCUGAGGACCCAGCUUAUCACUGCUGUGACCAAGGAGCUGCCUGAGGACAAACCCAGACUGCUUCAGGGUGUCGGACGACCUGAUGAGGUGCUGGCGUGCGCGGAGGCCGGCGUGGACCUGUUCGAGAGUUUCUUCCCCUUCCAGGUGACAGAGCGAGGCUGCGCUCUGUGCUUCGACUACGACGUCUCCCCGGACCCGGAGCGCGCAGGUAGAGCGCCCCCUGCAGUGCUGGAGCUGGAAGAAAACAGGGAGACGCCGGUGGUGGCGCAACAGAACGGAGAUCUCAAUCUGGAUGAGCGAACACAGAUGACAUCGUUUGAGAUCGAUCUCAAAGACAAGAGGUACCAGGACGACUUCAGGCCCCUGGUGGAGGGGUGUGGCUGCUACUGCUGUAAGAACCACCAGAGGGCGUACCUGCACCACCUGCUGGUGACCAAUGAGCUGCUGGCUGGAGUGCUGCUCAUGAUCCACAACACAGCCCACUAUCUUGGCUUCUUCCGCGCCCUGAGAGAAGCUCUGGCCGGCGAUAAACUGGACCUCCUCAAGAGACGAGUACUUAGAGAGGGAGGCAGGCAGACAGAAAGAAAGGACUAAGACCGAUCAAUCGGAGAGAUAGGAGUGGGAUUGAUCUUGCUUUCUCCUCUAAAGGAUCACUGGACUGACUUGGCCAAAAGCAAUCAAAGCUCAGCGAAGACCUCGCUCUUCCCUGUUCAGUUCAGAAGAUGUGAUAACUGUGAUACUGCUGAGACCUUUUAGACUUCAGUCAUUACAUAUGUUGCAGAAGUCAUGUCUCUCAAGCACGUUUUUUUAAAAGACGAAGAUGAAAAGAAAACAGAGCACAUAAAGACACCCGUCUGAUUUUUAUCCCUUUGGGUUCGUGUCCCGGUGUCACACGAGGAAGAGUAGGACCACUCCUUAAGCUCGUGUAUUGAUCUGAGCUGAUGCCAAGGAGACAGAGUUUGAAGGCUGAAGAUUGAAAAGGAGCUUCAUAGGAGCUGAAGAGGAAUCUGCAUAAAAAAGGAAAUGUGAGGAUGGAUGAUGGUCGAUUGUCAACUAUGACUGAAUUCCAGCGUGCUUCCUGCUGUGGUCUGAUUGAAGGUCAGCGGAUGACUAAUAUCAGCUGCACUCAGAAAUGUCAGCAUAGAGCUGAGGGAAAACCAACUUGGACGACCAGUUGUUCGAGCGGAAAAAUUAAAAUAGAUCUCCUGAUUCUCCUGUUUUUUAUAUUAAAAAAUUUGUGUGUAAUAAGA